AUGGCAGGGUCCUCCACGGAGCACGCUCCCGACUACAGGGCCAUCCUGGGCAUUAGUGACGAGGUGGCCCGGGUGCGGGCGCUGGACGCGCACCUCAGCACGCGUAGCUACGUGCGGGGCUUCGCCCUGUCCCAGGCAGACGUGGACGCCUUCAGGCAGCUCUCAGGCCCUCCGGCUGACCCGCAGCUCUUCCACGUGGCCCGCUGGUUCCGGCACAUGGCCGCGAUCCUGGGCGGCCCCCCCGCCACAGGCCCGCCCUGCGGGCUUCAAGCAAGUGAAGGGCGGCGUGCACAGCCCGCGUGGUCUCCUCCAGCCGGGUCCGAGCCGUGCCCGCUCCGCCUGUACAACAGCCUGACCCGGAGGAAGGACGUGUUUGUGCCGCAAGACGGGAGGAGGGUGACGUGGUACUGCUGCGGGCCCACCGUCUACGACGCCUCGCACAUGGGGCAUGCCAGGUCCUACAUCUCCUUCGAUAUCCUGAGGAGAGUGUUGAGGGAUUACUUCAAGUUUGACGUCUUCUACUGCAUGAACAUCACGGACAUUGAUGACAAGAUCAUCAAGAGGGCCCGGCAGAACUACCUGUUCGAGCGGUACCGGGGGACACAGCCCCAGGCAGCGCAGCUGCUGGAGGACGUGCGAGCUGCCCUGCAGCCGUUCUCCGCGAAGCUGCAGGAGACCACGGACCCGGACAAGAGGCAGAUGCUGGAACGCCUGCAGUGCGCGGUGGCGCAGGCCGCGGAGCCGCUGGAGGGCACGCUGCGGGCCGGCCUGGCCGGGCAGGAGCUGGACGGCCGCGUGCAGGCGUUGCUGGAAGAAGCAAAGGAUGUGCUUUCUGACUGGUUGGAUUCCUUGCACGGCAGUGAGGUGACGGACAAUUCUAUUUUCUCCGAACUGCCCAAAUUCUGGGAGGCGGAGUUCCACAAAGACAUGGAGGCCCUGAACGUCCUCCCUCCCGACGUCCUGACCCGGGUUAGUGAGUACGUGCCGGAGAUCGUGGACUUUGUCCAGAAGAUCCUGGACAACGGUUACGGCUAUGCUUCAAACGGGUCCGUGUACUUUGACACAGUCAAGUUCGCCAACAGUGAGGGGCACAGCUACGGAAAGCUGGUGCCCGAGGCCGUCGGGGAUCAGAAAGCCCUGCACGAGGGGGAAGGUGACCUGAGCAUCUCCGCAGAGCGCCUGAGUGAGAAGCGUUCCCCCAAUGACUUUGCGCUCUGGAAGGCCUCCAAGCCUGGGGAGCCGUCCUGGCCCUGCCCCUGGGGCAAGGGGCGUCCCGGAUGGCACAUUGAGUGCUCGGCCAUGGCGGGCACCCUCCUGGGAGCCUCGAUGGACAUCCAUGGAGGGGGCUUCGACCUCCGCUUCCCCCACCACGACAACGAGCUGGCACAGUCAGAGGCCUACUUUGAGAACGACUGCUGGGUCAGGUACUUCCUGCACACGGGCCACCUGACGAUCGCGGGCUGCAAGAUGUCCAAGUCGCUCAAGAACUUCAUCACCAUUAAAGAUGCCCUGAAGAAGCACUCAGCCCGCCAGCUGCGCCUGGCCUUCCUCAUGCACUCGUGGAAGGACACGCUGGACUACUCGGCCAACACCAUGGAGUCGGCCCUGCAGUACGAGAGGCUCCUCAACGAGUUUUUCUUAAACGUGAAAGACCUCCUCCGAGCCCCCGUGGAGGUGGCCGCUCAGUUUGAGAAGUGGGAGGACGAGGAAACGGAGCUGAACAAGAGCUUUUACAAGAAGAAGGCCGCGGUUCACCAAGCGCUCUGCGACAACAUCGACACGCGCACGGUCCUGGAGGAGAUGCGGGCUCUGGUCGGCCAGUGCAACCUCUACAUGGCGGCCCGGAAGGCUGCCAGGAGGAGGCCCCACCGUGUCCUGCUGGAGAGCAUCGCCCACUACCUCACACACAUGCUGAAGAUCUUUGGGGCCAUAGAAGAGGAAAGUUCCUUGGGUUUUCCCAUCGGAAGAGCUGGAACCAGCCUCAAUCUGGAGUCCACGGUCAUGCCGUACCUGCAGGUGCUAUCGGAGUUCCGGGAAGGAGUGCGCCGGAUCGCCCGUGAGCACAGAGUGCCUGAGGUCCUCCAGCUGAGCGACGCCCUGCGGGACGACGUCCUGCCCGAGCUGGGGGUGCGGCUGGAAGACCACGAAGGACUGCCCACCGUGGUCAAGCUGGUGGACAGAGACACCUUACUGAGAGAGAAAGAAGAAAAGAAAAGGGCUGAAGAGGAGAAGAGGAGGAAGAAAGAGGAGGCCGCCAGGAAGAGACAGGAGCAGGAGGCAGCAAAGCUGGCCAAGAUGAAGAUCCCACCCAAUGAGAUGUUCUUAUCAGAAAGCGACAAAUACUCCAAGUUCGACGAAAAUGGUCUGCCCACGCAUGACACAGAAGGCAAAGAGCUGAGCAAAGGGCAGGCCAAGAAGCUGAGGAAGCUCUUCGAGGCGCAGGAGAAGCUGCACUUGGAGUACCUGCAGCUGGUUCAGAACGGGGGCGCCCUGUGA